AUGUAUGUUCCCAUCAACUGUUUUCUCGGCAUCUCCUAUGACCUACAGCACUGGCGUAUCUCGAAACACUACCCCAACCAAGGUGUCGACACCAGCGGUCCUCUCAAAGUGCGAACCCCCCUCGGCGGCUCAGUCUACUUCAACAACCCCAACUCCAACUACACCACCGGCACAUUCGUCGUCAACGGCCGCGGCAAGCUCUACGGCGACAUUGUUGACUGCUCACCUCACGAGCCCGACUUUCGAUACGCACCCAUUGAUUGUGAGCUCGGCACUUCUGGCCAGCUUGAUUGUCAGGUCCAGGGCAAGUUCUGUUAUUACGAUCGGGACAUGCUUACCUGUGAUGCGAGAGGCCUGUAUCCUGGGUCUUCUGGGUAUGGGCUUAUUCUGGGAUUAAACGGGCUUAAUCUCACGCCGGUUCAGCUUGCGGCUCAGCCUCAGCCAUCUGAGCCUUAG